UUCCCCAAAAUGUCUCUGUCCGGAGUGGGACUGCCGAUCGAAGGACGGUGCCAACUGCCAUGGUCUCUCUCGCUUCCGUUGCUUCUCUGUUGCCUUCGACUCGCCUUCCUCCUCUCAGAGCCAGAACUCCCGCGACGCCCACGCCCUUCCUUUCUGCUCUCAAACCCUCCCCCAGCAAAAACCCCAUCAAGGGGGGGAGGAGUAGGAGGAGGAGGAAGAAGAUCGGGAAUGGGAGUUGCAGGGCCGAGCUCUCCCCCGACGCGCCCCUCGCCGCCGCGAUCGGCGCGUGUAUGCUCUCUUCUUUGGUCCUCCCCGUCUCCGCGGGCUCGGAGGAUGAGGAGGACGGCACGGUCGUGGACUCCACGGAUGCGAGGUUCGCUGUCAUGGGGAUCGUCAGCUUCAUUCCCUAUUUCAAUUGGCUGAGUUGGGUGUUUGCGUGGCUUGAUACUGGGAAACGGCGUUAUGGUGUGUAUGCGCUUGUUUACUUGGCUCCAUACCUGAGGUCAAAUUUGUCUCUGUCACCUGAAGAGAGUUGGCUGCCAAUUGCUAGUAUACUUUUCUGCAUUGUGCAUGUUCAGCUGGAGGCAAGCAUGAGAAAUGGAGACAUUCAGGGCUUUCAAUUGUUCAACAAGGCUGCAAAGCUUUUAUCCUCGAUAUCCGGAAAGAAAGAUGGUCAUCAGGGAUCCUCGGAGAGCAAAAGAAAGCACAUGGAUUUGCCAACUUCUGAUACGCGACCAAGAAAUGAGAUUCGGCAAUGGGAUGUUCCUAGAAGACCCUCACAAGAUCAGGAACAUAAGAAUGGAGAUUGGGAUGACGACGAGAGAAGGGAGAAGUAACUUAACGAGGUGCAAAAAUGUAGGUGGACGUGUAUGAAAGAUGCAAGCUGUUGAUGGACUAACUGAUUGUUCACCAAUGCAUCUUUUAGGCUAGCAACGGUGGUUACUCUUGCCUCCUACCCUAGCUUGUAGCAUUUCUGUUUCAAACAAGCUGGACGAUAACUCUGUUGUUUUAGUUUCUCUCGGUUUGUAUGGAUUAGACAAUCAUAUAGGUGCCAACCAAGCUGAUUGGGAAAGGAAAAUCAAAAAAUUUCUGCUUCUCUAUCCCAUGCUUCGGUUUGGUCUGACGACUUCCCAUGUUUACCAAGAGAUAUGGGCGUGCACGCAUUUUAAUCGGGCAUAUUUCUGUGA